ACCAUAAAUGUAUAGUCCUAAAUAAAAAUAAAAAGCUGUCAUCAAAGCCGGAAACACUAAUACAUCUAUGCCUAUACAAAAAAAGUUAUACACAAACAACAUGGUGGAUCAGCUGUUUUCAUUUUUCUUACAUCGGAUUUUGUUUUGAUAAAACGGCGUAUUGUUAUGGUUUCAUAGCCAUGAGUGAAUUAAAAUGGGCUCCAUCGCUUCUGUGCUGCAAUGGCAUUGUCAGACAUGCGGCCAAAUCAACCCUACGGAGAGUGUAAAGUGUUUAAAAUGCUCCACAAAACGUAUAUCGAACCAUGACAGUGAGCAUUCCAAAGGAAUUUCUAAAGGGGAUUCUUCGCCGGAAAACAAUUCACACACAGGAAAAAGCGAAGGAACUACUCCUGGCUCAGCGCCCAUUGUUAUACCGACGGAAAAUCACUUCAAUAGCGGAUGGUCGUGUGUGGGUUCAGCUCCGGACGCGAGUCGCGCGUGGCGUUGCGACUGCGGGCUACGCAACGUGUCGGCCGCGUGGCGUUGCGCCGCCUGUGACAAACUCGCGCCGCACGCGCCCGUCUACAGACUGUCUGACGAUGAGGAUCAAGCUGCAGGGAUGACGGACAAGGAUAAGUCGGCCCAGGAUAACACUAUGAUAAGAUCCAAUACCCUGGCUGUCCCGUCAUACAAGCCCACAUCUAGUUACUCCGACGGCAGGCGUCUCAACCUCGACUUGGAAUCCCUCAGGCUGUCCCCUACCCAGCUCACUGACCAAGCCCAUGGCGUAACCAGAUCCUUAUCCCAUGGUUCCGUUAUCAACUCCCAGCACAACUGGUGGAAAGUUGAUGAUACCAGGAGCACGAUAAACAGACCCACAAGUUUAAUGGUCUCCGAAAGAUACGGUUACAAUACCCAUUAUCAUCCAAGAGAAUCAUUCCUGAGGAGUCUUCACACGGUCACGAGAAGACCGAAGAAGUGUAGCGAGAGCAAGUCCAAUUGGGAGUUGAAUUACGUGAAAGAGUAUCAGAGGGAACAGUCCAAGGCGUUGCAUCUGAAGAAAUGGUCGUGCAGUAAGUGCACUCUGGAGAAUAGUGGGUUGAGGACUCACUGUGAGGCGUGUUUGUCGCCCAGGAUAUCUCCGUUAGCGAGGAUACCCAAUGCCAGGGGAUUGAGUGUUACCACUUUGGGUAGACACGAGAGUUUCAACAGGGAAGGUGCAGCGUCAUUACCCACGUCUGGUGGAGUUAUGAUAACAGUCCCCGAUUGGCCACAAACUGGAAGUUCUACACUUGGAGGGUCUUUCCGGAGGUCUAUAAGCGCCCAGAACUCCCCAGAAAUCAGACCUACUUACAGACGAUCGUUUUCUGAGCAAAACUCAGAAAGAGCUGUCGGCAAAGUUAUAUCGAGUAGACGGAGUUUGAACGAAUAUCAGAAGUCCUUAGCCAAUUACUGCAGUAUAUCAAGAUCUGAUGAGAGGAAACUGCCAGGGGUUCCCGAUAAGAAGAUAGAAGAGAACCACGUGGAAGACAAAGAGUGCAGUUGGGAUUCGAACGCCGAAGGUGUGAUAUACGCGUUGCCAAAUAAAGGGAAAUAUAAAGACUUGAAUUUGCAAUUGCAAGUGAACAAUAACGGCACUAGGUAUUCGUACGUUUCCGUUCAGGAUACGAAGAACGUGAUGAGCAAUUCUCAGAACGAGGCGUUGUAUUCGAACGAUGUAAGUGACGGUGAUUAUGCGCGGAUAGACGAGUUGUUAGGUGCUGAGAACUGUUUAUCGCCGGUGACUGAGGGUGUUGGUGCGAGUAAUAUAAGGACUUCACACAUAGGGCCCUCGGUACCGAAGGAUCCGAGUACAAAAGUGUUCAAUAUGCUGCCAUCUGUCGGCAAAGUGGCGCAUAAUCCGCGAGAUCCGUCUAAAGUGCCUUUUUCACAGCAGCAGCCCAACCGAGAGAACCGCAUGUGGCAAUGCAACGAGUGCUGGUUCGCUUACAACGCGUGGUGGGCGCGCGCCUGCGACGUGUGCCGCAGCGAGCACUCGCCGCGCGCGCACGUUACGCUCGCCAUACACCGCCACAGUCCCAGAUCAACAAACGCGCCAUCAGAGGCGAGCGGCGGUGCCAAGGAAUCGAACCUGAACCGCCAAGAGCCGCCCAAGAAGCUGACUGUACCCAUAGCGUCGCUGGACCAUGAUUUGAACAGCGACGAAUUGUUGUUUGCCGUCGAUUCGAACCCCCCUCCGCCGCCGUGGUCGUGCGGCCGCUGCACGCUGCUGAACGACGCGGGCGCCGCCGCGUGCGCCGCCUGCGCGGGCGAGAAGCCGCCGGCGCACAGCUAUUGGACGUGCAGUUCUUGCACGUUACAGAACCCAUUGUCGGCAUCUUUAUGUCUGGCCUGCAAGACUCCGCCAGUGCCGAAGCAUGGCGUGCCAAGCUCUUCGGCAGAUACAAAUCAUGUGUCCAGUUCUGGUCGCAGUCCGUCACCACGCCGAUUGCGUAACACACCCGCCUUGCCGAGACGUGGGUCAAGGCACAAGACUCCGCCGCCGGAACAGAGAUCAGAAUCAUCAGAAUGGUCGUGCACAGAAUGCACAUUCUCCAACAAGAGUGCGGCGCAGUCGUGUGAGAUGUGUCAGUCUCCGCGGACCAGGUUACUGCCGGCCGCGCCAGACCAACCUUCUUUGGACGACGAUGAUUCACCAGAGGGCUCCGACGGGGAAAGACAGGAGAGUACGCCCAUGGAAGUUCUGAAACUGAGGGAGGAGAGCCACGCUUAUACUCAAUGGCAGGAGGUGUUAUCACAUUGUUCGUCGACAGGAUCCGCUUACGUGGACUCGUCGUUCCCCGCGUCCGCGCGCUCCCUGUACUACGGCGGCGGCGGGGAGGGCGCUGCGGCGCGCUGGCUGCGCCCCCACCAGAUACACGUGGACGCGGACCCCAGGCUGCCCUGGGUCGUGUUCCGGGACCCGCGCCCCUCCGAUAUAUCGCAAGGCGUCCUUGGCAACUGCUGGCUCCUCUCAGCGCUGGCCGUGCUGGCCGAGAGGUCGUCCCUGGUGCGGGGGGUGGUGGUGCGCGGCGACCCCGGCGUGGGCGCAUACCAGCUGCGGCUGUGCAAAGAUGGCCGCUGGCUCACUGUCACCGUGGACGAUUUGCUGCCGGCCAAUAAGAAGGGCCACCUGGUUUAUUCGCAGGCAAAAAGGAAGCAACUAUGGGUACCGUUGAUAGAGAAGGCUGUGGCUAAACUACACGGCUGUUACGAAGCCCUUGUAUCUGGGAGAGCUAUCGAAGGUCUGUGCACACUAACAGGAGCACCUUGCGAGUCGGUGUCCCUGCAGGCGGGGGGCGCGGGGGGCGCGGGAGGGGCGGGACUCCCCCUGGAACAGCUGGACAGGGAUCUGGUGUGGGCGCAGCUGCUGUCAUCCAGACAGGCCUCGUUUCUCAUGGGGGCCAGUUGUGGUGGGGGCAAUAUGAAGGUCGACGAAGAAGAAUACCAGCGCCUCGGGCUCCGCCCCCGCCACGCUUACUCCGUCCUCGACGUGGUGGAAUUCCUCGAGGCUUCCUCCCCCACUCGGCUGCUGCGUCUCCGGAACCCCUGGGGCCAUUACACCUGGCGCGGGGCCUGGGCUGCCGCCUGUCCGAGGUGGACGGAACAAGCCAAACGAGCUUUACAGCAUGAUGACAAGGAUCAGGGGGUGUUUUGGAUCAGUUUUGAUGAUGUGCUCAAAUAUUUCGACUGCAUAGACAUAUGCAAGGUACGUAGCGGCUGGCACGAGGUCCGCCUGGCUGGUAUCUUGCCCCCCAUGUCCUCCACCAGGCACCUGACGUGUUUGCUGCUCACCGCCACGCAACCCACUGAGGUGGACUUCACGCUGUUCCAGGAAGGUCAAAGAAACUCAGCCAAAAGCCAGCGAUCUCAGUUAGACUUGUGCGUCGUCGUGUUCAGAACGAAGUCGGGGCCGAGCGCGCAAGUUGGCAAACUUGUCGCCCACAGCAAAAGACAGGUCCGAGGCUUCGUCGGCUGCCACAAAAUGCUAGAAAAAGGCUUCUACCUAGUGGUCUGUCUAGCUUUUAACCACUGGCAUACAGGUCUAGAAUUAGCCCACAGUUCAGCCUGGCCUAGACACGUUUUGGCCGCCCAUUCGUCAAAACCAUUGACUGUGGAGAGACCUUCGCUUCAUCCUCAUAUAUUGGCUGAUGCAAUUAUUGGUCUGACGUUAGCUAGAGGUCAACGGCAUGAAGGCAGGCAGGGAAUGACUGCGUAUUAUUUGACAAAGGGCUGGGCCGGACUUGUAGUGAUGGUGGAGAACAGACACACAGACAAGUGGAUCCACGUGAAAUGCGACUGCCAGGAGAGCUACAAUGUAGUUUCUACCAGAGGAGAGCUUAAGACUAUUGACUCGGUACCGCCAUUGCAUAGACAGGUAAUAAUAGUGCUAACGCAGCUAGAAGGCAGCGGUGGUUUCUCAAUAGCUCACCGGCUAACACACCGACUGGCUGCCGGCGCAAGACUUCAAGAUUGGUCGCCCACACCCGACACUGAAAGACACCGCCCCCCGCUACCAAGACGAUUGUACGGUUUGCACGCACCGAGGCUUAUUACGUAAUUUUACAGCUUUAUGACCCCAAAUUUUUGAUAAAUUCCGUUAUUGUUAGUAAUCUUUAAAAAAAAAUUCACGGCCAUAAACAGUUCAAUGUUGGAUAUGUAUCAGGGUUUUCAUCAAGUUGUAGUGAAGUCUUGAACUUCGAAUGGAAAUUGAAAUUUCAUUCGCGUUGUUUAAAAUUAGACUGGAAUGGAUUAGAGCUGGGUUUAUAUACUAUUAUAUAUACAGUUAAGUCGCCAAUUACGUAAUAUUGGUGUCAGAUUUCCUGACAUAUUAAAGCAUGGCAAUAGCUACGUCGAUGAUAUGUUUGUAUGAUCUUAAGCUUAUUACACAGCUAUGCAAGGUUCACUCAGAUUUGGUACUGAUAAUGGUUCCGUUAUAAGGUUUUGUAAUGGAAGUUCUUAAUAAAUUAUCAAAUUUUUACUUUUGUGAUCAUUGUCCAUGGAAAAAGUGGUUCACUGGACUGAAUCAACCCUUAUUAUAUUUAAUCUCGAUUUGAACAGGUCUAUAUUUUCAUAUCGCCAAAUCAAGAAUAAAUAUAUUUUCCAAAUUUAUCAAUCAAAGAAAAGGCAGCAGAAAAUAAAUGCUUCAAAAACAACCAGAUGGGAUAUUAAAAUAUGUAUUUUGAAUGUAAAGAUGUUUGAAACUGACAUAUUAUCUGUGCAAUUUGUAUUUAUAAGUCAUUACCUGCAUUAAAUAUAUAGUACCUAUAGCUUAUAGACUCAUAAAUUUUGAGGUGAAAUAAUUGGUAGUUUUUCAUAAAAAUAUUCCUCUGUUUACACUAAAAGUUCCGUUUUAAUGAAAAUAUUCUUAAUUAAAAUCUGUCGUGGUUUUUUUUCUGUUGGUAAAACUCAAAUGACGAAAUUGGUUGAAAACAGAGAAAUAUUUCAAAUAUACACCUCAUAUUAUGUAGUUUAUAUCUAUGUCUACAAGUUUAUAUGAAGAAUUGUCUGUUAUUUCAUCUUAAGCAACUUUGUUUUGUCCACAUGUGACAUUCAUUCCGAGAAAGAAUAGUAAAUAACUGUGUUAAUAAAACAGAUAGUUGUCAAUAUUUUUUCUACUAAGCAAAUUACCGUACCGGACCAAAGAAAAUGUAACAUAAAUUACAUUUUUUUCGGACCGUGUUCUGAUGUUUAAUUACACGCCAAUAGUAUGCACACGUGUGUUAUUUCUUGACACAGCUUCCUUUAUGCGAACUUAGUAACAGUCAAGUUAAAAAAAUAAUCGUUAAAUUGUUCAUUAGACAAAGAUUGUUGUAGAUUUUUCAAGUUAGCAAAUUAGUAACUGGAGUGAAUUUUUUUUGUGCAUAGACCUUAAAAUUUCUGAUUAUCAACAUCCACACUUAAAUUAGUGCCAAGUGCCACUAACGCAUUGUUAAAAGUUCGCGUAAACGGGGCACAAUUUUACUUGUAUCUCAGUGUUCUAGUUAUCAUAAAUUAACAAUAAUUGUAUAAUAAACACAGUGAAUCCCAAUCACAAUUGUUAGAGGCAUUGUAGUUGUAUUUUGUACACGAUUGUAAAAGUGUAUGUAAUGUAAUUUUGAAAAGUGAUAUUAAUGCAUCUUUCAUGACAUUUUUUUCGAUAAAUAUUUUUGUUUUUUUUUUAGCUCUAGGUUUUAGUCUCGAAUAAUCUUAAUGUAAUUGUUUUUCGGAAGUUUUUAGCGUUACAUUCGUGCGUGUUAUGUAUGACUAAAUAUUAAAGUGGACAGUAGUUUUAUUUAUUUGUCUUUUUAAAUUUUUUGAGUCAUCUAUGAAUGUUUAAGCAAUGUAAAUAAUUCACUUUAUAGAUUAGAUAACGGCAUGUCCCAGUUAUUGUUUUUUUAUGCGCGUUAUGAGUGUCAUUAAGAGGUAACACCGGAUAACGUUUUGUGUAUAAACGUAUUUACCUGAUUCUACUGAUUUUAAAUAUGAAAAAUAUAUUUUUCUUUCAUAUUUUAAAUAUGAAAAAUAUAUUUUAUUUUCAUAUUUAAAAAGAUCGGAAGGAAAUAAGGUUUUUUAAACAGGUUUAUAUGUUUGCGCGGUUUAAUAGCCUCUGGUAUAUCCUCUUAAAGAUAAAAAGACAAUUUUACUGAAUUGUGAUUUAAUGCGAAAUUUCAUUCCAUCAAUACUCAUUAUUUAAAAAAUAAUUAUGAUUACUUUUAAUUGAAAUUGUUGAUUUUUUUUUUACAAAAAAUUAAAGAAAGAAAAUUCUUGCCAUUUUAGCUUUACAACGAUUUUUUUUAUAUUAUAUUUUUUUUAAAUAUAAUGGCCUAAAUGAAGACGAAAUGUGCAAUAUUUUUCUGUGUAAUUUAGUAUUUAAAACUGCACAAAUCGGCACACACUAAUAUGAAUAUAAUUAAUAUUUAAUGUAGUUAGUUGCGUAAUAAUUAGUAAUUUCGAUAUUUUAAUACUAAUGAACGUGUAACAGUUUAAAAAAACAAGUUGAAAAAUUGAAAAAGCAACUGAACGUUGCUUUUUCAAUAUUUUGCAUGAUUUAAUGUAUUGGUUUUAAUUUCUAAAAAUACAUUGCCAAGUCUUUAUUUUUUAAGGGGUUAGACAGACUUAUUUAUUGAUUAAUUUUUAUUUAUACGAAAUUAAUUAUUAUUAAUUACACACAAAAUCAUACACAUUUGUAUAAAAGGUCUACUUAAUGUCCAUUAUUUAAUUUUUCGGACAAUUAUCAGUUUAGGCGAUACGAUGUAUGUUUCAUACGUUUUAUAAGUUUCAUUUACAUUUGGAAGAAUAAAUCGUUAUCACAAUUUUUAAAUCACAAUUUAUAAUAACAAUGCUAAAUGUUUUAUGCAACUUAAUAGAAUUUGUGUGAUUGAAUAUGUUGUAAAUUAUUUUACACGAACAAACGCUUUAUAAGGUAAAUCCCAUGUCCCAUAAAAGUUUGCCAUUUUAUAUCUUCACGUGAAACUGUGUUUACUUUUAAGUCUUAAAUUUUUUUCUCACAAUGUUAUAGUUUCAAUAUUCGAUACAAUUUACAUCGCCCAAAAGAAUCCCAAGUUUACAAGCCUUUUACGACAUUCACAGGGACGAGAGUGGUCCUAUUUUUUUUCUAUUGGUGCCGGGAACCGCACGGCACAUUAGUACUUAUUGAUUAUUAUAACUUUAUUUCGUAAAUGGCAAACUUAGAUGGCCAGAAUACAAAUUUUUGUGGAUCACAUAGCAGCGUAUCUCCUACUUUUAAUCGUGCCAUAAACAAAGAACUCUGUUCCUUGAAACGAUUCCACCGAAAUAAUGUGUAAGGUAAUAAACACCCAGUAUAAAUACAGUUCUACCACGUUUGUAAGUCGCCUUGGCCAAUAUUUGACUGCGCAGAUUAUGCAACCGAAGAACUCAUUGAAAUAACGACCUUAUUACAAGCACAUUAAACUUUAAAUCCAAAAACAAAAUGUCUACUGCUAUCUCGCUUAUAAUAGUACGGUAGUGGACAAUUCUGUUUGCGUUUCAAAUGGUGCGCUCUGAUUGGCUCAAAUUCAAAUAUUUUCGCGCCGACUUCUGCGCAGAAGCAAAGGUGUGACUUAUAAAAGUGGUAAUAUAUAGAUACUGUAUGUAAUUAAGUUUUCAGUGAAAGUUCCAUUUAACGGGGAACCCCUUAAUGUAUAUUAAUUUAGUGGUAGAUGUUAGAUUAUUUAUUUUAAUUUUAUGUACAAUAAAUAAUGCACUUUAUUCAAUAUAUUUUGAAAUAUAAGCAGAAUAUUAGUGUUAGUAUUUUAAACUAAUUGAAAGAGUCAAUUUUAUUUUAUUUAAAACAUAGACAUAAGAAGUACUAGACAGGAUAUUUACUAUAAAAAAAUAAGACAAAUUUCCAUUAAUAAUAUGAUAUUUUGACAGUGACAUCUGCUGAUCGGCUUGCCCCUUGCGGGGUCGAUAGAGUCAACAGUCUUAAUGAUGGAAUUUAAAUUUUUCAUCGUCCCUCAAUCCAUCCAUAACACAAGUCUCGGACUUACUUUAUUUUACUUUACAUCUGUGUAAUUUGUUGAAAAUGAGCGAAAUGCAUUGUAUCUGCCAUAUACUAGGUUUGACGGCCUCUGGGGCGCAAGGUAGUACGCUUGUCUGUGACAGCGGAGCUCCCGGGUUCGAAUUCCGGUCAGGGCGUGACGAAAAAAUAACUUUUUCUGAUUGACCUGGGUCUUGGAUGUUUAUUUUAUUAGUAUUAAUAAAAAAUAUAUGAUCGUUGAGUUAGUAUCUCGUAACACAAAUCUCAAACUUACUUCGAGGCUAACUCAAUCUGUGUAAUUUGCCCCGUAUAUAUUUUUAUUAUGCGGUCUGUCGUCAAUGUCCUGUCUAUUAUUUUAUAUGUCUGUGGAGUAAAGGAACAGAGCGCACUAAUGAAUAAGAUGUAUUUUAUUGUCACAGUUUUAUUUGUCAACUAAUAUUAUGUUUUGUAGUUGAACGACGCUUAUUUUACGUGUUAGAUAUACGUGGAUGCAUGUUAUUAAGUAUUUAUGAUAAGUAUAAGCGAAUAAAAUUAUUUAAAUUUCAUA